AUGCCUUCCACCCACAGCGGGGAUGAGACCGAUCCCCUUCAGCAUUUCAAAUCCUACGAUUCGGACAUCGUCCCCGAGCAACCAGCCAUACAAAAGGGAACGAUCCAUCUAAAUUUCCCGGACAGUCAAACUAUUGCUCUUUCCGUUGAUGGGAGCCCUGGCUGCGGAGGGAACGUUUGGUUAGCUGGCCGAGUCCUGUCAGAGUACCUCGUCUAUCGCUAUCAAUCAUUGCAUGGAAAGAGAAUCCUAGAACUUGGGGCGGGUACUGGACUUGUCGGACUGGUGGCCGCAAAGUUGGGAGGCGAAGUAGUCCUUACUGAUCAGCUACCGCUUCUGCCCAUAAUGAGAAGCAACAUAGAGCUCAACGGACUUGGACGGUCCGUUUCCGCCGUAGAACUCAAUUGGGGUGAACCUCUUCCCCCAGCCGUCCAGUCGAGUUCCCAAUUUUCAAUAAUAUUGGCUGCCGAUUGUGUGUACCUUGAAUCAGCCUUUCCUUUGCUAGUGAAAACCUUGGAUGAUUUGUACAUGGGGAAUCUGCAUGCAGAGGUGCUGUUUUGUUAUAGGAAGAGACGCAAAGCGGACAAGCGUUUCUUCGCUCUUUUACGAAAAAAGUUCUCUUGGACCGAGGUGGAUGACGAUCCUAGGCGACAGGUCUACAAUCGUGAGCGCGUAACGCUGUUACGGCUGUUGCACCGAACGUGA